UGGAGCUCUUCUGCCAUCUGACCCUCCGAAUUCGGAUUCGGAUUCCGAAAGUUGGGGGGGCAAUCCCGGCCCCGCCGAGGAGGAGGACAGGGGCUUAGUGGGGCACACACAACCUCCGAACAUGACGGAUGGAUGGAGCUUAGAACCAACCACGGCGUCAGACGUCAUGGCGCAGAGAUAUAAGCGACGUCGUUUUGCCAAGGACCCAUCCUCAGAGCUCGAAAUCGACGCCGGGAUGACGGCGUUUUCUGAUGAAAAUGAGUCUGGUUGGACAAUCUGUGUACAUCCCGAAGGCGCUCUGUAUUUUGUUCGCCGACAAAAGCGAAACGAGAAGAGUGAGGCAAACAUUACUAUCCUCACGAACGCAGAUGUCAAGGACCAGGAACGAUGUAUUUGCGAGCAUCUGGACAACGCUAUUGAUGUCAUCCUCGCUCAAGUUAUCGAACGCGGACUCCAGGUUGACGCCGAGUUGGUGUUAUGCCCUAAUAUCAAGCAUAAAACAAUCGGCUACUACUUCGUGGACGUACAGGCUCGCUGUAUGAUAUGGGCGGAGACCCUCAAGUUGUCAGAGACACGUAUCACUGAGAACGUCAGAGGUUUUCGGAGCAUGGAACAUAUCAGGUAUGCGAUGGAGGCACAGUACUGGGCCCAUGUCGAGGCGUUUCCACUUGCUAGAAGCUUCGAUGAAAAGACGUAUAACGAGCUCAGCCAUGCUGUUCUUCAUGCCAGUGCCGAGCGACUAACGAGCAAAACAUCACUAUCCCCUUUUGAUGCGGAUGAACUAGACAAGAUUCGAGAUAUUUUAGACUCUCUGCAAGACCAACUGCACCACGAGAGCCCGUAUGCGGUAUGCAUACUUGCUCGACUAUCACAUACAUUUGCGGUGUCUCGGUUGCACAACUUCUGCGGACAACCCGAAGCUCGCCUCGACGCUGACAAAUCUGUGUGGCCGGACAAUACGCUGAGCUCGCACUGGAUCUUCCUCAGCCUUUCUGUCUUCAUGUUUGGUACCCCGUAUUCCCAGCUCGAGCGACUGAACAACGUCUGGGUAGACCGCACGGUAAACUCCGCAAGAUGGAAGGAAUACAUCUCGACCGUGUACGAUGAAUUCAUGGGAUUAACGCUUUACUCAACCGUGAUGCUGACCGUCGAUGUAUCUUUCCUGGCCGUCCCCGAUGUUGAAGUCGCUAGUCUGGGAAACGAGGACGCAUCGACGGUAUCCACCUACCUUUCGAUCAUUGCGAUUGUCGGAUCCAUGACGCUCUCGCUUCUUCUGUCUGCGGAUGCACGCCGGCGCAAGUCAGAGUCAGCCUCUAAAGCGGCCGGUCUGCUCAACACCGUGAAUAUGCUUUUCGGGCUCGAGCUGUUAGCCAUUAUGUACAGCAUGCCGUUCGCACUCCUCAUGUGGGGAAUGGUAAGCUUCCUCAUCGGCUUCUGCUGCCGUGUAUUUCCACAGGCGGCGAUAUACACGAGAUGCCUGUGCGCCGUUGCGUUGCUUAUUCUUGUUAUGGCCGUGGGCCUGCCGUUAUGUACGUGGUGGUGCGUGAAGAAGUUAGACCCUGCAGAUGAUGAGGCUCUCGAGUAGUUCUCUGGUUAUUUGUUGGGACAAUAAUGAAAAGAG